UUUUUAUUCGGGCGUUCUUCGCAGGUGCAAGUCGCGUAAAUUAAUUUUGUCCCCAAAGUGUUCUUAUCGUGCUAGGUACUUUCUUCGGUAAUAAGCUCGAAGCUCAAGUAAAUGAACCACAAGGGAUAUUAACAAACUUGCGAAUAAAAUUGGUCGUGAAAUUGGAACAAAGUGCAAACUUUCGCGUUGCGAGGUUUCUCGAGCGUCCGUCGUCGUCGUCGUCCAAUGUUUAUUGGUGUUUUCGUUCGUGAACCGUGACGACGAACGCUCUGUAUCGCGGCGGUUCGGUUAGCGGAUCUGGUUCGCGGUGUUCGGUUUCGGUGUUGUGUUCUGGAAUGUGAACCGGCAGUGAGGGGGAAUUGCCAUUUUAUUUACCUACUUGUUGCAUGCUGUCAGAAUUCUAAUGUCGCGAUUGAAGUGAUGACUUGUGGUUUGAAAGAGUGUUGAAAAAAGGUUGAUAAAUUUUCCACUAACGACAGUGCCUUAUCAGUGACGCGCAUGAAAAUCAGCCAUGGAACCGGCUUACUCAUCCGGUCAGGGAGGGGCACUAGAUACGUCUAGCUCUUCAACAUCGUCCGCUCCGUACCAGAUUCACAAUCUGGAAACCGUGGCCGAGGAGAAUGAAGCUACGAAAAAACCUAUUACCGAUCUCUCUGUGGAACUUCUCGUCGAAGACAGCACAAAAUCUCAGCUAUCGAAGCACCUAGCCAGAUUGCUACAGCGUUUCGUCCAGCGGUAUCAGCAGGAACUGGAGAUAAGUUCGUUCGAUUUGCUCUUCAUGACUGUCUACAGCGUUGCACUCGAGACGGGCUUCAUCCCCGAGGGACAUCGCAUUCUGUACAUGUCCUCGCGCUUGCAGCCCAUAUUCGCCUCCUACGACAGCAAUGUGGUUUGGCUCUUUUCCGGAAUUGUUCCGGAAAACUUCUACAGCCGUUCGACGCGUAGCUACCGAUUGGAUCUCCACCUGUUGGGGUCCGAUGAGCGAUGCUCCUUAGUGGGCAUCAAAAGUGGAGAUUUACUGGUCCUGACUUUUACCACUCCCAACCGGGUGGACAUCCCUGGACGAAGUAUCAUACUUCCGGUGGCCCGGUACAUCCCAUUCGUGAAUCUCCACAAGCUUGGGCUGUGCUUCCAAAACUUGAAAGAACUUUCCCUCAAACUGAAAAACAAUAUCUUCGUUCCGAUUCGAGAUGCCCUCUGCCAGGACGACGACGCCAUUACGUAUCCUUCCCUCGGGGGACUGCCGGACGAAGUUGUAGCACUGCUGGUGAAGUAUCUCGAUAAGAAGACUGCUUUGCAACUGUCGGCCAGUUGCUCUAGGUUUAGGGAGCUAACGAAACACUACCGCGCACAGUGGUUUGCUUAACUUUGGAAUCAGGGUUUGUGGUGUCAUGGCGUAGAAUAAAGCUUUCUAUGUAAAAA